AUGGCAAGGGCCUUAUACGACAACGUCCCAGAGUGUGCUGAGGAGCUGGCCUUUCGCAAGGGAGACAUCCUGACUGUCAUAGAGCAGAACACAGGAGGACUGGAAGGAUGGUGGCUCUGCUCCUUACACGGUCGGCAAGGCAUUGUCCCGGGCAACCGGGUGAAGCUUCUGAUUGGCCCCGUGCAGGAGACCUCCUCCAGUCAGGACCCGCCUACUUCUGGACUGAUGCACCAGCCCUUUGGCCAACAGAAGCUCUAUCAAAUGCCAAACCUCCAGGGUGCCCCUCGAGACACCAUCUACCAAGUGCCACCUUCCUACCAAAAUCAGGGAAUUUACCAAGUACCCACUGGCCAUGGUACCCAGGAACAAGAUGUGUAUCAAGUCCCACCAUCAGUGCAGAGAGGCAUUGCAGGGGCUAAUGGUCCCCACUUAAGUAAAAAGGUGAUCACGCCGAUGAGGACAGGCCAUGGCUAUGUGUACGAGUACCCAUCCAGAUACCAAAAGGACAUCUAUGAUGUCCCUCCUUCCCAGACCGCUCACGGGGUGUACGACAUCCCACCGUCGUCUGUGAAAGGCCCCAUGUUCUCAGUUCCAGUGGGAGAGAGAAAACCUCAAGGGGUCUAUGACAUCCCUCCUACCAAAGGGGGAUACACCAUUCCACCUCCUGCCUGCAGAGAUGAGGCCGGGCUUAGGGAGAAAGAGUACGACUUCCCCCCUCCGAUGAGACACUCUGGCCGGCCCGACGGCAGACCCGAGGGCGUGUAUGACAUCCCCCCAGCCGGCACCAAGCCCCUGGGGAAGGACCUUCACACUAAAUAUAACGGCGACGCUGCAGCGGAGCUGGCGCCACGGAGACACCAAAGCAUUUCCCUGAGCCACCCGGCCCCGCAGCUGCGCCAGCCCGGGGGCUCCCAGAACGACGCCUACGAUGUCCCCCGGGGGGUCCAGUUUCUGGCAACGCCAGCAGAAACCAGCGGGAAAGCAAACCUCGAAGAGAGAGACGGCGUUUACGACGUGCCGCUGCACAACCCGCCGGACGCCAGAGGCUCCCGGGAUGCGGUGGACGGCGUCAACCGGCUGUCCUCCUCCAGCACCGGCAGCACCAUGUCCACGUCCUCCACCACCUCGAAGGAAUCUUCGCUGUCUGCCUCCCCGUCCCAGGACAGAAGGCUCUUCCUGGAUCCAGACACGGCCAUCGAGAGGCUACACCGGCUGCAGCAGGCCCUGGAGAUGGGCGUCUCGGGCCUGAUGGCGCUGGUCACCACCGACUGGCGGGGCUACGGGUACAUGGAGCGACACGUCAACGAGGUCCGCGCCGCCGUGGACAGGGUGGAGCUGGCCCUGAGGGACUACCUGCACUUCGCCAAGGGCGCCACGGCCAACGCCUCCUGCCUGCCGGAGCCCCCACUCCACAACAAGAUGAAGCGGGAGCUCCAGAGGCUGGAGGACUCCCAACAGAUCCUGAGCCAGACCAGCCAUGACUUAAACGAGUGCAGCUGGUCCCUGAAUGUUCUGGCCGUCAACAAGCCCCAAAAUAAAUGGGAUGACCUGGACCGGUUCGUGAUGGUGGCAAAGACGGUACCAGAUGACGCCAAGCAGCUGACCACGACCAUCAACACCAACGCGGAGGCCCUCUUCAAGCUGGGCCCUGGCAGCUCCGGGCCUGAGAGCAUCACGAACUCCGCUGAGUGCCCACACGCCGGCUCCCAGGUACAGCGGCUGCAUCCCGGGGACCACAAGGCUCCAGCCCUCAACAAGCCACUGCCCCCAAGCCUGGGCAAGGACCAGCCCCCUGACUGUAGUAGCAGUGACGGCUCUGAACGGAGCUGGAUGGAUGAUUACGACUAUGUGCACCUUCAGGGUAAGGAGGAGUUUGAGAGGCAACAGAAGGAGCUCUUGGAAAAAGAAAAUAUCAUCAAACAGAACAAGAUGCAGCUGGAACAUCAUCAGCUGAGUCAGUUCCAGUUGUUGGAACAAGAAAUCACAAAGCCCGUGGAGAACGACAUCUCCAAGUGGAAGCCCUCCCAGAGCCUCCCAAGCACCAGCAGCGGCGUGGGCGCUCAGGACAGGCAGCUGCUGUGCUUCUACUACGACCAGUGUGAGACCCAUUACAUCUCCCUCCUCAACGCCAUUGAUGCUCUCUUCAGCUGCCUCAGCUCGGCACAGCCCCCACGGAUCUUCGUGGCGCACAGCAAGUUCGUCAUCCUCAGCGCCCACAAACUGGUGUUCAUCGGAGACACGCUGACAAGGCAGGUGGCCGCCCAGGAUGUUCGCAACAAAGUGAUGAACUCCAGCAACCAGCUCUGCGAGCAGCUCAAGACUAUAGUUUUGGCGACCAAGACGGCCGCGCUUCAUUACCCCAGCACCUCCGCCCUGCAGGAGAUGGUCCACCAGGUGACCGACCUGUCCAGGAACGCGCAGCUCUUCAAGCGCUCUUUGCUGGAGAUGGCGACAUUCUGA